AUGUCAAAGCGCAAGCACGAGGAUGGCCAACGUAGUAGCGUCGGAAACGCCCCUGCUGUUCAGCAGCCUCAGCGAGGGCAGCCGGCAUCACAGUCAUUCGAACAAUUACAACACAAGAUCGAGUCGAACCUGAAGCCCAAAUCCCAGAAGAAGCACAAUGCUGGUCAGAUGGACAGCGAUAGGCAGCGCCGAGGUAAGAAGAGAGAUGCUUCCGGCAAGGUUAUCGGAGCAAUAGACGCUGCUGUUGCGAAACCGCAGCAGUCAGGCCGCUCUGCUGAAGAUGAGUUUCUUGCCGAAGUGCAAGCGCUGGGCGGCACUCGUGAAGACCUCAUGUUCCUUGCCGACAUAGAGUCCGACUCAGAAAUGGAAGGAGACGUGGAGAAGAGCACAGCUGCGAGGAGGGGUACAGAGGAUCUUGAGAAAGGCAUGAAGAAUAUACUCAAAGAGAUUGCUUUGGCUCAAGGUACCGCGGACCAGACUGAAGACGCUGGAGAAAAUGCUGCUGAUACUGGCUCCGAGUCUGGUGGCGCGGCGACAGAAGACGAAGAGCCUGCUUCCGAAGAGGACGACGCCCAGCCAGUCCCCACAACUGUUGAAGCCGACGAGGUUGGAACUGGCUGGUUUGUUGUUACAGAUGCGUUCAAUAAGCUUGAGCCGAAGCGGCAAGCGAGGCAGCAGACUGUACAAGAAUUGCGCGAGCACGCCAAAACUCUGCUCGAGAAGGAGAACGAACAAUUCAAAAAGCGUGGACAGUCAUCUUCGCAGUCCUUCUACAAUACUGUCAUCCAAUCCGGAACACUGUCCGACAAAAUCUCUGCUCUCACUUUGGCCGUACAAGAAUCGCCGAUUCAUAACAUGAAAGCCUUAGAAACACUUCUCGGCCUUGCUUCGAAGCGGAGUCGGUCUCAAGCAGUCGAUGUGCUGCGAGCGUUGAAAGAUCUCUUCGCGCAGGGUGUGCAGGACGAGCAUCUCGUGGCCUGGGCAUACGAAGACUGGCUGAAGGAGAAGUACUUCGAGAUUCUGAAAAUUCUCGAGGUUUGGUGCAACGACGAGAUCGAAUUCGCAAAGUCCAAAGCAGUGAGUUACGUUUACGAGAUGCUGAGGGAGAAGCCCGAGCAAGAGUCCAAUCUACUCAGACUACUCAUCAAUAAGCUAGGUGAUCCGGUGAAAAAGAUCGCUUCGCAGUCGUCCUAUCUGCUGCUGCAGCUUCUCAAAGAUCAUCCAAACAUGAAAGAUGUUGUCGUAUCUGCCAUCGAAGCAGAUUUCAUCUUCCGGCCAGGCCAAAGUCUUCAUGGGAAGUACUACGCAACAAUAACGCUGAACCAGACUGAAUUGAAGGAAGAAGACCUGGCCUUGAAGCUACUAAAUAUCUACUUCGGAUUGUUCUCAGAUCUCAUGAAGACUGCAGAGUCUGAAGAGCAAGCUAAGGUAAGCUCGGUGAGCCGCGAGCAACGGCGGCGACAGGCAAGAAAGAAACAGGCUGCACCAGGUCAACCCCAGACUGAGGAACUACGGGAGAAGCUGACCUCUGCGCUUUUGACGGGCGUCAAUCGAGCUCAUCCAUACUGCGGUAGCGAUAACAAGAUUUUCGACGAGCACCUCGACACGCUCUACAAGAUAGCCCACUCGGCAAACUUCAACACAGGAAUUCAGGCUAUGCUGCUCAUUCAGCAAUUGUCAUCAGCGCAACAGUCUUCGAGCGAUCGGUUCUACAAGGUCUUAUACGAGUCUCUGCUUGACCAAAGAUUAAUCACGGCUUCGAAGCAGCAACUGUACCUGAAUUUGCUGCACAAAUCUCUGAAAGCAGAUCUGAGCACGAAACGUGUGAAGGCUUUCGUUAAGCGGAUACUGCAGAUACUCAACCUUCACGAACCGCCGUUCGUGUGCGGAGCUUUCUUCCUGCUCAAGGAUCUAGAUAGCACAUUCCCUGGCUUGGUAGCUCUAACGAAUCAGCCCGAGAUAAUUGAUGACGAAGAGGAGGUCUUCAAAGAUGUUGAUGAAGAUCGAGCACCAACCAGAAAGGAGCCUAGUCUCGUUUCUGCGAGCAAGUACGACGGUCACAAGCGGGCGCCGGAACAUGCAAACGCAGACGCCAGCUGCGCUUGGGAAUUGCUUCCAUUCCUGGCACAUUAUCAUCCCGCUGUCACCAUUAAUGCCGAUCAUUAUCUACAACAUGAAGCCUUACCUGGCAAGCCAGAUCUGACGCUGCAUACCCUGAUGCACUUCCUGGACAGAUUCGUCUACAAGAACGCCAAGCUGUCUGAGUCGCGCCCUCGUGGCAGUUCAAUCAUGCAGCCCAUGGUCAAUGACAGCAGGAAUGGUGUUCUGAUCGCCCCAAGGAUUGGUGGCAAGGAACGCUUACCUGUCACGAGCGACGAGUUCCGGUCCCAGCAACUGAAGAACGUGGCUGCGGAGGACGUUUUCUUCCACAAAUACUUUGCAGAAGCUGGCAAGCCAGUGAAUAAGGCCAAGGCAGAUAGCGCCGCUUAUGAUGAAGAGAUGGUGUCAGACGAUGAGGAUGCUGUAUGGGACGCGAUGAUGAAGAGCGCCCCAGAUCUCGAAGGCAUGGAGGGCGACGAUGAUAGUGAUCUUAGCAUGUCUGACCUGGAAUCGGCAAUGGCUUCUAGCGAUGAAGGAUCCGGCGGCGAUGCCGGAGACCUCAGCGACGACGAGGGCGUCGAUGUCGAGGCAGGUAUACUGGAUGACAGCGCCGAGGAAACGGAAGCAGAUGGCAGCGAUGGAGAAAUGCCGGACUUUGCAGCUGUCGAUUCUGACGAAGAACUGGAGGACGAGGAGCCAGUGGAGGAGGCCUCUGUCCCAGCUGACGAAGGCAAAGCCAGGAAAAAGGGCAAGAAGCUGAAGAAGGCAUUGCCGACCUUUGCAUCCGCCGAGGAUUAUGCAAAGAUGCUGGACGACGAUGAAGGCGAAGAUUAUGGACAAUAG